CCAACCUGAGAGGGAGAGAGAGGGAGAAAGAGGGAGAGAGAGAGAAAGAGAGGGAGAGAGAGGGAGAGGAAGAGAGAGAGGAGCUCAGGAAGCGCAGCAGACAGCAGGGCUGGGAAAACAUUCAAGACGUAGGUUUCUGACUCUGAGUGUGUCUGCGCCGCUGUCUCUCAUUCCCUCAUCAGCCUCUUUUUUCAGGAGCAGUCAAGCCUCUCCUGUGGAACUCCUGCUGGCUGUGAGCAGGGCUCGACACGCUCUUCUGCAGUGAUGAGGGGUACGACAGCAAGCACAGGAAUAACGGACUGACCGCCUACAACACUUCUGACAGAAUGAGGCCGAAAUGAAGGUGAGAUGCAUUGGGAUUUCAGCUCAGAUGCAUGUCGUUCUUCAGCCACCUGCUGCUCAUGCACACCCCCUCCUCUCUGAAACACUUCCCUGCUGCAUGCAACAUGCACGAGAAUGACACGCGAUUGUGAGCAUCAUCAUCUCGAGUCGCAGCUGGAAGCAACAGGUCCUGCUGUCGUUCCCUGCAUGCGCUGACUCAGGUGGACGCUCCGAUUAAAGAUGUCGCCUGUGUGCUGUGAUCUCUGACUCUGCAGAAGAGAUCGCUCCCGAGACUCCUCAAGUACAAAUGUUUGCUGCACCGAGGGAGUUGUUUUCCUCGCUUUAUUGUUGCAGCAGUGUGUGCUGCUGAGAAAUCUUAUCACCUGGUUUCUAAUAGCGCACAAGAGAGUUGAGAGCUGCAUGCACACCGAAAGAUCUGAUCUUUCAUCCCUUCUGUUUACUUGAAGGUAUGAGCGAGUGCUUUUGCAAAUGUCCUGCUUUCACACCUCUCCUGUCUGUUGCAUAACACUGGCCAUAUUUCCAUGCACAUCACCGAUUGAAGACUUCAGGCGUCCAUCUAUCCGUGCUGAUCGCAUGCAGGAUGACGGGGCUCGUCUGGGAACAUGUGUAGCGUUCACUAUAACCACAGCCUAACUGCCAUGAGCGGGAGUGACAUCAUGGCCUAUUCUCUGAGUCUGGAGCAGAAGACGGCGUUUGCAUUCGUGGGGAUGUUGCUGGUGUUUCUCGGCCUGUUGAUCGUCAGGUGUUUCCGAAUCCUGCUGGACCCUUACAGUAGCAUGCCAUCCUCCAGCUGGGGCGACGGAGUGGAGGGCCUGGAAAAAGGGACGUUUGAAUACGCUCUCACCUGAGACCACAUUCCCAAAGAUGCCAAACCCCCAGCCAAUGGCUUCAUUCUAGAGCCACCUGCAUCAUAUAAAGCCUUUGCACCGUAUGGGGGGCAUGCACACAGGAUGCAUUCCAGAUGCAUAACGUUUUAACUUGGGACUAUUUUUAACUUGACACCUUCCUAUAAAAACAUGUUUGGUGAUGCAAUGGCCAAAGAUGUCUACUUGACGCAUGCACAUACUAACAGGGUUGCAAAGGGGUGUAAAAUUUCAGAAACUUUUCAGAAAUUUUGGAAACUUUCAGGGAUUUUCGGAAACUUUUGGAAGGUUUCCAGAAAUUUUCCACCCCUUCGCAACCCUACAUAGAACGCGUCCUGAGUGAAUGCCCCCGAAGGAUGUGAGCAUUCAUCAAAAAGACACACCGUGACGCAUGGCCUGCUGUUACGACAUCAUACUUUAACAAAUGUCCAUUUUUGGAAUGUGAUGUCACACCAUUAAGCCACUGGGCAUCUCAGGGAAGAGUAGAGAAAGACUUGAAUUAAAAGAAACACACAUGCAAGACAAUGCCAGGAUGUAAACAGGGUAAUCUGGCCCUUUUAAUUCAUGAUGUCCGUCUAGCUUCCACCCUGUUUAGUGAUGAAGUACGUUCUUGUCACAGCGCACACUUCCGUAGAGUACGUUUCUCUCCUGUUUACCGUCUUCUGUCCAAUCAAACUAAAAUAACCUGCUGUUUCUGAGAACUAUGAAGCUGUGAAGUCUUACAGCAGUGCAAACGUGUCUGUUUUUCUAGCAGAUCGCUUCUCUUCACUUACUGCCUAUGAACACAUCUGCACACAAGCCGCAGAGACUCUGCAGGACACUAAGAGGGAAGAUUCUUCUGAAAUUGUGACACGUCCUGCCACCUCCGUGUUUGUUUGUUUGUUUGUGUGUGUGUGUGACAGAGGAAGGGUGUGUCACCAUGACAACAGCAGAAAAACGCGAGCUGGAUGCGAGUGAUGCACCAAUGAAAGCGUAGCUCAUCUGCAGUGUUCUAGUGCUGUGAAUCUGCCUUACUGGAUUUCUGUGCCUUCAUUUAGGGACGGUAGUGUGCCUCUCACAGGACGAUCUGUGUUUGUGUGCAUCCGUGUGUGUGUGUUGGGUUUAUGUGCUGAUGAAGACCACUGUUCUUUGUGUUUCUCUCACGCUGAGGAGGGCAGAACGUCCCUCGUCGU